AUGAAUAUUGAUACCAGCAACAAAGCGGCCCCUGGACUCUUCCCAGAUCUGGACUUUGCGGGGCAUGGGUCGCAGCUAGGAGAUCCCAGAAAUUCUACGACAGGAAAAAGUGGUGUCGAAUUAGAGGCCUUCAGCCAAAUGGUCAGCGAGCUUCCAAGAGGCUACAAAAGUGCUAUGAAGCAGGACAACUUUUAUUUAUUAAAACAAUACAACAAAAGAGCACAAUUCCAGGAUUCUGACAAUGAAAUCUCAUAUCGUGACUUCAAAGAAUAUGAUGCAACACUACAGAGGGAGAAUGAAAUGCGACAGAAGCUGCAAGACCUUGAAAAAGCACUCUCCAACAACGGUAUGAAAAUACAGAAACUAGACAAUCUACAUGCACUGUACACAAGAGAUACAUCAAGUACAACUGUACGUAGGACACGAUAUAGAACGAGGGUCUCGUCUUUUAUGCGCAAGCUGAAGCCAUCGCCAAUGAAAAACUUGGUGAACAGCCGUUUGCGCAAUCAGAAUUCAAGUUUGCGUCCACAAGGUUCCAAUGUUACCGUCAUUAUUGACAACGGUAAACCCGAGUGUGAUUUUAUCGAUGAUCCUGAAGUUGCGCCGAAGAAGCUCACUAUUAUUCAGGAGGAACUCGCACCUAUCUCCACUAUUUCGUUUGAUGAGUCGAGCAGUAUACAUAUGAGGGAGUUGCCCCAUCAAGUUACAAUUCAGCGUAAAUUGCAAGUUCGGCAUUUGCAAAUGAUAUCUCUUGGCGCCACUAUAGGUGUAGGGCUGUUUCUUAGCUCUGGUAAAGCAUUCUCCAUAGCUGGUCCUAUGGGAGCUUUCAUAGGGUUUGCUAUAGGUGGAUCUCUGAUCCUCGCAACAUUGUUUUCAUUUGCCGAAAUGGUUGCGCUUAUACCGUUAAUCACAGGAAUAUCAGGUCUCUGCUCUAGGUUUGUUGGCGAUGCGUUUGGGUUCAGCGUUGGAUGGUGUCAUUGGUUAUCCUAUGCAAUAGGGUUUGCCUCUGAAGUCAUCGCUUCUACCAUAAUGCUGUCUUACUACAAAAAUUUAGAGCAAAUUGCUACAAAUAAGUCCAUGAUGGCCCUUACGAUAACAAUGAUUGUUGCGGGACUGACUCUGGUUAAUCUUAUGGAUGUCAGAGUCUAUGGUGAAUUUGAGUAUUUCUCUAGUGCUUUCAAGCUGCUGAUCGUUGUACUAUUGAUAAUUCUCAUGAUUGUCUUAAACGUGGGAGGCCUAAAAAAUGAUUACAUUGGGUUUCGUUAUUGGAAUUCAAACAAAUCUCCAUUGAAAGAAAUGAGCUUUGGGCCGUUUAGACCAACCUUCGAUUUGAGAGAUCGAGGUUAUGGAGCCACAGAGGGCAUCCCCGGGCUUGGUGGGAUCAUCCUUAGCUGUAUUGCAUCCACCCUUACUUCGGUAUUUGCUUACGUUGGUUCCGAAAUCGGCUUUAUUGCUGCAGGAGAAGCAAGGAAUCCAAGAAAGGCUGUACCAUCAGUAACGAAAAGGAUAUUUACGAGGGUAAUUAUAUUCUAUUUGCUGUCCAUUUUUGUGGUGGGACUAAAUGUUUACUCAGGCGAUCCAAGAUUACUGCGUUACAAUACUUCCAACGAUAUCUCAGCACUGAUCAAAGGGGUCUCUAAUUACCAGGAAAUCAUCAAUGCUUUGGGCGGGUCAAAUUGUCAGCAAGAAAACUCCGAUAAAAUUCUUCCGGUUGAUAACCCCAAUCAGUCGCCAUGGGUCAUAGCGAUGCAGUCUUUCAACCAAUGUACUCUUUCUGCUUUCAUCAAUGGUGUGUUUGUGGCCAUCGGAAUAUCUGCAGCAAGCUCGCAGCUUUAUGCCUCUAGCAGAACACUGUAUUCCAUGGCAACUCAGCAAAAGGCUCCAUCAUUUUUUGCAAAAUGUAGCAGAAAUGGAGUUCCAUACAUAGCAGUCUUAUUCUGUGGAGCAUUGGGAUUUUUGAGUCUGUUAUGUUUAAAUAUGAACAGUUCGGAAGUGUUCUUCACUUUUGUCAGUAUUGGAGCGCUAGGAAGCGUAAUAAUGUGGUUGGGUAUGAAUAUCUCAUACUUGCGCUUCUAUUACGCGUUGAAACAACGUCCCGAUAUCAUUUCACGAGAUGCUCGCGAGUACCCUUACAAAUCGCCGUUUCAGCCCUUCUUGUCAAUAUAUGGAGCUGUUCUUGCGAUAUUGCUAAUAAUUCUGAAUGGCUUCCAAAAUUUCUUCCUGUGGAAUACCAAAAACUUCAUAACAAGUUACAUUACUUUAGUCCUGUUCGUGCUGUUGUAUUUAGCUUAUGGUUGGAUGAAGGGAUCAAAGAUUGAUAAAAUCGAACAGUUGGAUCUAGAUUCAGGAAGAAGAGAGAUGGACCGCGUAAUUUGGAAAGAGGAUUUGGAUUAUUCUCUUAACCUAAAGGAAGCCUUCAACAAGUUGCUGACCUAUUUAUAA